UGCUAGAACAGUACAAUCCAAGUUGCAUAGCACACAAGACACCAUGACCCUUGCGGCAUGCCUCCUACCAACCCUUCCCGUACCCUUCUGAUCGCGCCGCUCCCUCGUCGCUGCCGCCCCGUCCUCACCUUUCCUGACGCCGCCACCGCGAGAAACUCGUCUACGUCAUCACCGCUGUGGUAUCGCUCCGGCACACGAGCGACGACAGCGGCAGCAAGGCACAACAAUGCCUGCAGAGUGAUACCACCGACACCGCGAAGCUAUGCCACCAUAGCCGGUGACCCAAUGUCGGCUGGCUCGCCGGACCCCUCGUCGUCGCACUCGGACCCGUCCUCGAAUGACAUGCCAUGGCCAAAGGCACCCAAAGGCCAUCCACAUCCAACACCUUACCAGAUCCUCUCCACCACCGAAGCCGAACCGUAUAGCAAACGUCGAUUCUACGAACUAGUCAAACUAUACCAUCCCGACUCUGGGGCUUGCGAGAAGCAUCACCAUCACCACAAUGUACCACAAACAUUGCGGCUGGAACGAUACCGUCUCGUCGUAGCAGCCCACACCAUUCUCUCGGAUCCGGACAAACGCAAAAUGUACGAUCGCUUCGGUGCCGGAUGGAGUGGUGUACCCAGCACGGUUGGUGGUAAGCCUGGAGCCGGUGCACCCGCAGGUCCCUUCAGCGGCUGGCGACACCAUGGAGACUCGGACAUCUGGGGCAAUGCAACAUGGGAAGACUGGGAGCGAUUCUACCAACGUCGAGAUGGCGUGGCACAUCAAACACCACGAUAUCUAUCCAACGGCAACUUCAUCUUAUGCGUCAUCUUGCUCGCUAUGAUAGGUGCCUCGUUAAAUCUAAGUCGAGCUGAAACAGAAGGCGACAAAGUCGUAGCAGCCAGAGAUUUGGUCCACGAUCGCGCGAGCAAGGAGCUCAGACGCGUGCGCCAAAUGUCCGAGAACAGGCCCAAAGAAGAGCGUAUCCAAUUCUUCCUCCGACAACGAGAAGCCACCAUGCACGGCAUCGGUGUCGAAAGCCUGAGGGACGACAAAGUAGCCAAAUUAUUACCAGAGCAAGAAACCUGCUUGAGCGACGAGCUGCGGACUGGAGAUCGCGAUGCAUGACCUCUUUCCUUAUAUUUGUACAUAUACUGCAUUCCUACCUACAAUAUUCUGAUGACCGCACAUAUAGGUUACAGAAGGGGCGUUUUUUGGGUGUGCGAAAUACCAUUGAUUUAUGCUUUCUGCUAUCUUUUUUCUUGAACCCGCGACUACGUCCUAAUUAACUUUCUAAUCGUGUUACCGUCA